AUGCCGGAGUCAGUAACUCAGAGCACGUUUCUGUCAACCACAAUGAUUUGCGAUCCUCUUGUGGCUUGGACAGUAUUAUAUGGAACAACUGGAGAUGACUAUACCACCUUGGAUCAUCAGAAAUGUAGAUUAUUAUUCUUUCUGGACAUCCAUCCAGAAUGCUAGAGUAAGUACAAUGUCUGUGAAUGGUUGCAGUUUUGCUGUGACAAACUAAAUACCAACUGCAUUUCCUUUUCCCACUUUACAAAUAUCAACAGCUUACACUUGUGCAACAUAACACAGGAAGAGUCCCUAGAUGCUGCAGACCCUUCUGGUAAAUACUUGCAUUACAUCUUACGGAAUUUCAGGAUGCACUCGAUUUCGUUUUUUACUGAUGCAGAAGAAACAAAGACAUGCCUUAAGGACUACCUGCAGAAUUCUUAUUUGCAGAAAGGUAUAAGAGACCUGCCCCUUUCUUCUGAAGAAAGUAAUACCACCCUGGACUCAGAAAACAGGGGAAAAGGCAUUUUUUUGAUUGUUAGAUCAGAAGCUCUGACAAAGAUGUGGGGACAAAGGAAGUAAAAUGACAGAACGACGUAUGAAAAAUUGAGCAGAACUCUCCAGUGGCUUGACAGGCAGCAGGACCCUUCAUUUAGUUGA